ACGGCGCGGGCGCACUAGCUGGGACGGCGUUCUGGGUUCUUGUACCCGGCUUCUCGUUGUGCUGCGGAGGUCGCCGCAACCACGGCUUUGGUCCUUUUGUCACAGGGCGGGCGACAUCUCGGUGGCCGCAUGAACACGUGUCAUCACGCCCGCGGUGGCUGGGGUCGGGGACGCUACUUUUCAGGACGUCCCUCAGCCAAGAAGAAAGGCGGAAACCAGGUCCCGGAAAGGUGGAAAGACUAUGUACCAGUUGGACAUCGGAUGCCUGGGACUCGUUUUAUUGCUUUCAAAGUUCCUUUGCAAAAGAAGUUUGAAGUGAAUCUUGCUCCAGAAGAAUACUUUUCCCCUUUGGAUCUGUUUAACAAAGUCCAGGAACAAAAUGAAGAGCUUGGAUUGAUUAUUGAUUUGACAUAUACUCAGCGAUAUUAUAAACCAGAGGAGUUGCCAGAAACUGUUUCUUAUUUUAAAAUAUUUACAGUUGGGCAUCAGAUACCUGAUGAUGACACUAUUUUUAAAUUCAAAUGUGCUGUUAAUGGUUUUUUGAAAGAAAAUAAAGACAACGGCAAACUUAUUGGUGUCCACUGCACCCAUGGCUUAAACAGAACUGGCUAUCUCAUCUGCAGAUAUUUGAUUGAUGUAGAAGGCAUGAGGCCAGAUGAUGCAAUUGAAUUAUUCAAUAGGUGCCGAGGACAUUGCAUAGAAAGACAAAACUACAUUGAAGAUCUUCAGAAUGGGCCUAUCAGGAAGAAUUGGAAUUCUGGUGCAUGUGGUUCAGUUGGUGUUGAAGACUCAGCACAUGCCAUGGGACCAGUCCACACCAUUAACAAGUCUGUUAACCAAGGAUCUAGGUACAACUUGCAUCGGAUCCAUGGCUAUCCAGCAGCACCUCCUCGGCGUUUUCACCUCCAGACCCCAAACUUCCAACACUCAUAUCGAAAAUUUUCACAAAAUCAGAACAUUUACCAGAAAGGUCAUAUGCCUCCUCCUGGACCUGCUGGAGAAGAUUGUUCACAACGAAGAUACUUUUGGAAUGUAAAGCCAAAUAGCAGUCAACCAGCCCAGAAUAAGAAGUGGUUUGCCAGCAAUUACCAAAGACUAUCCUGCCCAACCUAUUGGGGAUGGACCGAAUGAUACAAAGCUGUGUUGGCAAUCUACUUGGACACCAAUGCUGGAUGAAGAUGGCUAGAGCAGCUUUUAAUAAAACCAGGUCAUAUGAGAUUUCCCUCCCCACCACCUUUUUAAAAUCUAUUACUCCUUAGUACUCAAACAUUAAUAAUCACCUCUUUUCUAUAGGAUACAAAAAUAGCAGUUCAAACAAAAAUCAGUCAUUCUAGUCUUAAAUUUUUCUAAAGGGAAGAUAUUUUUUAGCUGAAUAACUUAACAUUUCUUUUGCAAACUAUUUUUUUAAUUGGCUUCCCCCUUCUAUAGUUUCUUCUAAUUAGACUUGUGAUAUAGGUACAGAAAUUUUCAGUGUUUGUCAUGUUCUAUUACUAACCUAGUCAUUAAGAGUAUCUCCUCCCCUUACCCUGAACUACUCAGAAUUUCUCUUAAGAUCCUCUUGGAGACAGUUAUUUCUUUAGAAUUUAAUCACUGUCUGUAAUUCAUUUUUUUGUUAUUAGGUAUUUUUUAAUUUGGAAGUUUUGGAAUUUGAUCAACUUCCUUUCACUGAAUUGCCAGAUAUGCCAUCUAACAUAGGGAUAGUUAAAAUUUUAGAGAUUGUCAGUUGAGCAAGAGAGACUGAAUGAUUUGAUAAAUCAGAAUGCUGGGUAAAUUAAAUUAUAAUUUACCUGAUAGGGCAAGUGUCAUCAACAGGAUUAUCCAGAAACUAUCCAGAAAAUGUAAAAUUUUUACACAUUAGAAAGGUUACUUGAAGAACAGAAUAGAACAGGACUACAAAUUGCUGAGAAUACUGUUAGUGACAUUGCUCCUCUUUUGAACAUAAUCCUCUGGGAUCUUUCUCCAGUUGCCUUUCACACUGGAGUGGUGCUUUUUCUCUGGUAUACACAAGUAUACUAUGUGGGAGGAUGCUAAUUAUUUGUAAUUAUAGAGCUUGCUCAGGAAAUGCCUUUUAUCAUGACACAAUAAACGUUGGUGAAUAUUUGGGCAAU